AUGUAUGAUGGCGAUGAAGAAGACGACGGACAGCAAGCAGAUUUGGGUCUCACGAAGACAGCUGGGCAUGGGGAAGAGACAUGGAAUACCAACUUCUACAUCUAUCGAGGAGCCCACACUUUAGCAACAAUACCAGGGCCUACUCAUGUUAUGGUCGACAUUUCCGUCAAUCAUAUUCCCAACAAUGCCUUUUUUCAACAAGAUUCACUAAUGUCGGUUGCCCUUCCAAGAGAUUUGCACCAAAUUGGGGAUCAAGCGUUUUCCCAGUGUCAUUCCCUCCUUGCAAUGACCCUCUCACUGCAUUUGGAAUCGAUUGGUCGCUUGGCCUUUGCAGAAUGUACUUCGCUGACACAUAUUGACUUUGCACCAGAUUCUCAGCUGAAAUCCAUGG